ACUGAUACAUUCAUUCUUUCAAUCACAAAUUUUAGUGAGAUAUUGAGGCAGAAAAAUGAGCAGAGAAGGAGACUGGAUGUGCGGUUCAUGCCAACACUUGAACUUCAAAAAGCGGGAUUCGUGCCAAAAGUGUGGCUACCCCAGGUAUGGUGGGACUGAUGUGUCAUCAUACGGGAUAAAACAAACAGAAGUCUUGGCUGGGGACUGGUACUGCACUUCCAUGAACUGUGGAGCACACAAUUAUGCCAGCAGGACAAGCUGCUAUAGGUGUGCUACACCAAAAGAUGGUUAUGCAGCAUAUGGGAGUGGCAUGAUGGGAUCGGUAGGUUAUGUAUCUGACACCACUGUCCCACCUGGUUGGAAAACUGGUGACUGGAUAUGCAGCAGACUAGGAUGUGGUGUACACAACUAUGCCUGUAGGAUGGAAUGUUUCAAAUGCAAGACACCUAGGGAUUUUGGAGGAGCAGUCUGAGGAAGGUGGAUUAAGAGAGAGAAUCAAACUUAAUUCCAAUUUUUCUGCAGUUCUAAAUUCUAACCCUCCUAAAACACAUUUUCAUUUUUCUGUCUGUCCUUUUUACUUUCUCUUUUCUUUCCUCAUCAGCAUAAAAAGCUCUUGAUUUAUGGUUGAUUACCCAUUUUCAUUAGCAUUGACCUGUAUUUGCCCAAGUAAGGCUUUCGAACUUUUU